AUGGCUCGAACACACACCUUUACUCCAGACAGCGAGUUCGCUGAGCUGGAGACUCCACGCGGUCCUACCAAUGGAAGCCUAUCGAUAACAGCGUUGGCCCGUUUCGAGUUCGAGGCUGGUAAAGCCAACGAUGGCACUAAAAUCCUGAUGAUCGAGUGGGAGGACGACGAUCUUUCCCGUUCCUCGACUGAAGGCUCCUGGCAUGUUUCAUGGACUGGCAAAACCACUGUCCUCCCCGCCGAUGAACGACCAAGUGACAGUUUACGCCGCUUUUAUCUUUUGCUCCCUCCGAAUGUCACCAUCCCACCUGUCGUCACACUCUCAUACGAGCUGCAGAACCCAACCGAAGCAAAAGAUGCGACCUCGACCGAUAACUCACAACGUCGCGACUCAUUCCAAUUGAAUCCGCUUCCGGCUAUUUUCCCUCCUGAAUUGGGUGCCACCGGCCGGGCGGCUGGUAAGAAGGGAGUGUUGCAUACAAUUUGGGCAAAGAAACGACUUCGCGUUCUGGAAAAGGAGAUUGCCGCUGAAUCGCGCAACAAUGUCGAAGGAGUUGCUUUGCACAUGGCUAUAAAAGAGAAAGAGUGGAUUGACGAAAACUUUGGAGUGGUUCCACGUAUCGAUGGCAGUGAAGAUUCCUCAACUUCGUCCUCUGUUUUCCCAACUGGGCCAGCGACUCCUGUGUCGCCUAUCACGGGCAAGAAGCUCACCGACAAGCUGAAGGGACUCAAAUUGCAAACCAGCGAGAAGGAUCUGGCCGCAAAUUGUGAAACAGGCUCGGAUCCCGAAAGUGCCCAUCUACUCUCGCCUCAAUCGCCCGAUGUUGCGGUUUCUUCAUUUAGCUCGUUCCGGAAUGUUGCUCAUAGGCACAUUCACUCUAUGCCAACGCCAGAUACCAACACACCAACCUCCAGCUCCCAGCUUAACCCCCCCGCAGUCGAAUCAUUCAAACCAGUUGCGCUCUUCCCGCCUCAGUCGCUCCAGCAAGCGCAGCAAAGCAGCGAGCCUAUCGGAUUCGCAGCCAUGGGCACCACGCUCACGCGCGUCCCGAGCAAUGAUAGCGACGAGCUCUUUGCAAAGGCCUUGAGCCCGCGCUCACCAGAUCUUCCCCGGAGCCCUUUCUCGUUUACUUGA